AUGGAUGCCGCCAUAUCGGCGGGGAAGGACCUCCAAGUCGCAUUGGAUCCCUCCAAGUGCAUCCCAGUCGAAGGAACUCUCCCGGACUAUCUCUAUGCUGGAGCGAAGGUGGUCUUUUGGUACCGAGAGCCGUUUGAAGCAUCUUCCGUAUUCACGGCCUAUCAGUCCUUCGUGAACCUCGCUGGAGACUUCGUGUUUCAAGAAAUUAUCACCCGAAGCAAUAACACAGUGAACGUGAUGAUCGUCACAGCGAACCCUUUGGACUCCAACGAUAUCAAAGACGUGACUUUGCUUGAAUGCGUCAUGGGGAAGGGACCAUUUUCUCUGCUCCAGCUUUUCCCCGUGUCGUGGUUCAUUCUUGGAUGUAGAACGGAGUUAAGUGACUACGGGUCGGUAUUGGAGGCAGAACUUGCGGGAGCGAAAUUGACGAUGGUGAUUGUGUUCGAGGGUUGCAUUAAUCCGAGCGGCCAAUAUGAUCUGAUUGAUGACACGAUUGGCUCCAGCUUCCAAUCCCUUCUCUUUCUUGGCCCUGACACCAUAGGGGAGAGGAUUUCGCUAUCCACGUUUUUCUACACCAGCAACGGGGAAUACGGCACUUUGGUGGUGACGUUCGACGAGAGAAACAAUGCUUUCAUCUUCCCAGGCACCUGGGAAUAUGACGAAAAUGGGGAAUGGGGCAACUCUUCCGAUGGAACUGAGGGGAAUCCGGAUCCAGACUGGACCCGUUGCGGCCUCGAGGCAGUCAUGCUGCGAUUCUUCCUCUGCGUUGCUGCCUUCCUCCCGGCCAUCUUCGCUCAAGGAAUUCCUCAAAACUAUUUCGGUAUUAAGAUAAUAUGUCUGGAUCCGUCCGGUCAUGACGCUCAUCUGGUGACCAAAGGGGGAUCCCUGGAGUCCUUCGACGAGGUGGUCGCGGCUCUCCGGGCCGGGCAUCGCGUCACUGGCAACUACAACAGCGACUUGUGCGAGUCGUCAAACACGCCGGAGCCGGUUUUGCUGUCUGUGCAUUUCGACACGUGGCAACACACGGAGAUCGAGUCGGAAGUUCCGACCGUGGUCGCCCUUCAGUCCUUCGCCACGCGUGAGACCGGCGUGAGACCCGAUGGGACGUUCGUUCUGGUCUACUCGUUCGUGAGUUCCGACGGGCACGCGAUGUUCGAUUCCUACGAGAUCGCGAGCGAGACCGGUCUCGUUACGAACAACUACGUCGCGCAAUGCACGGCUGGGGUCGGGGCAUUCUUCGUGGAGAAGGGAAGCCAUCAGCCCGACACUACACUGGGAACGUACGACGAAUUGCUGACGGCAUUGCUGGAAGGGCGUCAACUGACUAUCACGGACGUCGCCACUGAGUGCGAGCAUCCCCUGCCGGCGGAGGUCACCGUCGCCGAGGGCGGAUCCACGUAUUAUCAGUAUUACGUCUUGCCGGGCGAAUCUUACGACUCGUUUGAAACUUAUGAAGUCUUGGAUGAGGCCUUUCUGGAGGGGAAGGACAUUCGCGUCUCGUUGGAUUCCGCCAUGUGCAUUUCACCGAACGACACUGCGCCCGAAGUUCUCUUUGUUGGAGUCGACGUGGUUACUUGGCUGCGGCAGGAGGACGUGGAAUUCCCGGGCAUUUUCUUCUCUCAAUCCGUCGUCGAAGUCUUCGGAGACAUGAUCUUACAAGAAUACUACGUGGCCCCCGACAACGUGCUGUACGUGAAGGUUUCCAUCUUCAACCCAAUCGUGCCCGACGACGUCCCGGACGUGUACUUGUUUCAGUGCGUGAUCGGUGAGGGGGCCGCCUUCACCGCACCUUCCUUUGGGAGGACGGAGUUGAUGGAUUACGUGGCGGUGGUGGAGGCGGAAUUGAAUGGAGCGAAGUUGUCUGCAGAAAUCGACUUCAAUGAAUGUGUGGAUCCGACGGGUGAAAUUGAUCUCAGUGGUGUCAGGGUUGGGGCGUAUCUUCAGGAUCUCAUCGUUUUCAGUCCUGCAACCGCUGGAGCAAGGCUUUUCUCGUCGGCGUUUACUUUGAGCAGCGAUCCGAUCAGCCGCUUCGCCUACGAGACCUUCGGCGUCACCCUCGACGCAAGCAACAACGCCAUCGUCUUCCCAGGCUUUUGGCGGUACGAUGAAAACGGCGAAUGGGGCAACGCGUUCGGCGAAACGUUCUUGGAAUGCACCCUUGGCGGGGGUCUCAUGAUAUUCCAGGAGGCUUGAACGGCGAAUCAAGUCCCAUUCAUCUUGAAAUAAAGGUUGGGGACUGCCUAAGA